CGCGCAUGCGCAGUGCGGCACUCCGAUCCCCAGCGCUUCAAGCCGUAGUGCGUUUGUUGUGUCUGCUGCUUCACUCAUUUGGCAGAAUGGCUCUGAUCUCCAUUGAGGAUCUCGACGGGCUGGACGAUGACAUCACAGACAGCUCUGAGCCAAUGGAUGAGGAGGAGCAGGACCGGAUGCACACGCACUGGCAGGCGGUGGGAAGGACACACCAGGUGUCUGUUCCCAGAGAUGAGGGACCCAUUGAGGAGAUGACGAGGAGGAACCAGACCUCAGAACGAGAGCAAGUGCCUUCUGUCACCAUCUCCAGACACGAGAAGCUUGGCGAGGUCUUAUACGAGGAGAGACUGUAUCCUCCAGGAAAAUGGGCUCGUGUCAGUAAAGCAGACAUGCUGUAUGAGCAAAGCAUCUCCAAUGCUUUUAUGAAACUCAUGCGCUUCAUCUGCAAGGAGAAUUCAACAGGACGGUACCUUGGCAUGUCAGUACCUGUUGUGAAUGAGAUUAAGAUGGCAGACGACGGCACUAACUUCAUGAAGGACGUGUUGACGGCGUAUUAUCUGCCUGCUGAGUUCCAGGCCAGACCACCUGAACCAACCGAUCCUGAUAUCCGAAUCGUUCACAGAGACGCGAUCCGCGUCAUAGCCAGGGUGUUUUAUGGCACCACAACGGAGGAGACCAUCUCUCGUCAGAUCAGCAUCCUUUGGGAGCUUUUGGGCAGCUCCGAGGAUGUUCUCCGAGACCGCUACAUGGUAGCUGUUUACGAGAAUCCCGGCGUGCCCCAGCGCAGAAAUGAGAUCUGGUUUGUUCGCCGUGGCCCGUGAACGUUUCACAGCUCACCUGUUAAGCCAGUAGAGACGUUUCACUAGCUGAAUGUCUCAAAAUGAAGGGGCGGAGCUUGUCACAAUCAAAACCCAUUUGUGACCCUGGAGCACAAAAGCAGUGUUAAGUCACUGGGGUAUAUUUGUAGCAAUA